GUAUACAAGAAGAAAUAAAGAACCCACUCUUGUAGCUGGCCACUCCACCCCACUGCCCACUAUACACAUGUAUACUGAGGACAGGGGAGACAGACUUAGAGUGAGGACUUAGGCAUAAGACUUUAGUGGUUGGUUCUGUUUCUGAGGGUCUGGCUUACAGACAAGUAUCUGGCUAGGUCUAGAGGGCAUAGCUUUACACCUUUCUCACAAACUUAAUUUUAAAGCUAAGAACAAUUUGAUUAAAUAAUUUCCACUGAGUGUUAUUUUUAAGUAUUUAAAAUACUUAAUACAAGAUCUUUCCCUUUUCACAUACCCUAUACAAAUCAAGGUGCCUGGCCUGAAUACUUCACCUUAUACCCAAGCUUCAUCUAGGGUCACCCCAGAUGUCCAGGCAGGCAGCUUCGCUAAGUGUUCAGCUUUGGGUUAGGAAGCACUAUAAGAUCUGGAUACAAGAGACACCUGAAGCAAAAUGGUUUCCUCCCUCUACCUGGAUACCACUGCUCUGUGCUCUUGAGAAGGUAUUUAUCCAAGGAAGGGAAGGGCAAAUCUGUAAGUUUAUUCUCAAACACUGAUGAAUGGCAGGACAUAAAGUCACUCAGGGACUUGCAAAUCAUCCUAACAGCACUGCAAACUGAGACGACCGAAAUAAAGCAUCCACAUUUUUUGAGCCAACAUAAAUGCUACUUACUAGAGCUAAGGAUGUAGUACAGUGGGUACAACUGCCCAGCAUAUAUGAAGCUAUGGGCCCAAGCAUCACCACCUCCCCUAAAAAAAGUAUAAUACUUGUGAUAAAGCUGGCUUUUCAUUUGUGACUUUAGAAGCAGCAGAAUGAAGUGCUAUGUUCUUAAAUAUUCCUCAUUUUUAAAUAUUCACACGUAAGGUAUAGUAGCAGAAUAGGUAAAUAGGGCCAAGCUGCCUUGUAGCACUUAACUCAACAAUGCCAUAGCACAGUGACUAAAUGCCUACUCCCAAAGAGGAUUCAGAAGGGAGGCUAUGGUACAGAAUCCUAUCAGAAACCCCAUAAAAAUGACCAAGGAAAAGUCCAGAUUGCACAAUAAAGGUCCCCAAAACUCAAAGAAUCACCUUUAACACCGUGCUCUCUUGGUCCCCAGGCAGUCCUUGCAGGUCAGGCCUGAGACAAUAUCACAGGAAGCUGGCUGCCUGCAGAAUAGACUAGUAGUGACACAGGUGUCACUAGCUCUCUAAAGGCAGGAGGCCUCUCGUUUGUUUUUAGUGUGACAGUGCAGAGAAUGGCCCACUAACUGCGCCUGACACCAGUCUCUGUCUGCCUUCACAGCUUAGGUGCCCGAUGGAAGGAAUUUUCCUUGUUAGGCCCUCUGCACGUGGAGCUGGCUGCAAAUAAAGUACUCAGACCAGGAAAGAAGACCAGUACUCCCUCCUUCAAAGCCACCAUAUCCUGGUCAAAGAGGAGUCAGCAGUGACCACACACUGAGCAGACCAGAGUCCAAAUACAAAAGACAAUGAGUCUCCUAAAGGAACGGAAACCAAAAAAGCCACACUAUAUUCCACGGCCCCCAGGAAAACCCUUCAAGUACAAAUGCUUCCAGUGUCCUUUUACAUGCAAUGAGAAGUCGCAUCUUUUCAAUCACAUGAAGUAUGGUCUCUGUAAAAACUCUAUUACUUUAGUGUCAGAGCAAGAUCGCAUUCCCAAGUGCCCCAAAUCUAGUUCACUGGACCCUAAGCAGACCCACCAGCCAGAGCCCACCUCAAAGCCAGCCACUUCCAAAUCUCUCCCAAAUGGACUCUCCAGCUUUGAUCCAAAGUCUCAACAGGGAUCUGCAAAGGAAGAUGCCAAAGAGAACCUAGAAAUGCAGGCCCGGGGGAGCCACAAGGGUCCCCAGAAACCAGCCCUACAGAAAGAAAUGACACCAGAAGCCAUUCUCAGUACCCAGCCUUGCCUAGACAGUGGGGUUAGGUCUUCAGCCUUUGUUCCAGUUGGGGAGCACAGACUUAGGGGGCCAGAAGACACAGAGGCUCCUGAAAUGCUGGCAUUAACCAACUCCACCACCAAAGCCACCUCUUUCCAUGGCAAGUCUGCAUUCCAUACUCCUAGUUACCCCUGGAAAGCUGGUUCCCCAUUUCUGCCACCUGAGUUUCCACAUAAAAUCCCAUCUACAAAGGGGUUUGGUGCUAUCUCUCCCUAUAUGCACCCUGCAAUCCCAGAGUACCCCCAUCCCUUCUACACAGAGCAUGGGCUGACUGCCAUCUAUUCCCCCUACCUCCUGACUGGGAACACGCCUGAGUGUGACACCACUUUGCUGUCUGUCUAUGGGUCCCAAGACCAAAGACACUUCCUGUCCCAUCCUGGACCAAUGUCUAAACACUUGAACACAACUCCAUCAACAUAUGACCACUACAGAUUUUUCCAGCAAUAUCACUCAAAUCUGCCAAUUCCUUAUGGAUUUUACAGACCAGAAUCGGCAUUUCCCUCCUACAGUCUCAGGCUCCCACCUGUUACUGGUAUCACACGAGAUCAAAGCUCUCGCCUACUUGAAGAAGCAGCCCUGGCUUACCCAGCCUCAAGUCCCUCUGAGUUAAAUCUUUCAAACUCCCACAGAAAACACACAGAGUUUGAGAAGGAAAGUCCAGUUCCUGAGGCAAAAGAUCCUUCUAAAGAUGGGCAAAGGGAUGCAGAAGAGGCGAAAAUGAGCCCCCGAGCAGGGAGCGCUGCCACAGGCUCCCCAGGGAGGCCAAGCCCCACCAAUUUCACCCAAACAAGCCAAACAUUCGAAGGCCUGUGUGACCUCUCAAACAAAGCAGCCUCCUCAGGAACCCUGGAGCGACUCCAGCAGCCUGAGCAGAGCCCCACUGCCUUCAAAGCUGUUCAGAGGGGCUCAGAAAGUCCUCAUUCUCAGCCUCCUGCAAACAGAACAGAGUCUCCAAAAAGCCUCCAGGCCAUGAACAAUGACCCUCCAGCCCAGAUAGGGACCAGUACCUCUCUCAUCACAGAGGCUCCACCCUCCAGCCCAGAGGACCACUCCAGGAUAGGCCCCCUCAAUCUCUCCAAAAAGUUGGAGACAAGCCCUGCAGCCACUUAUGGACCCAUGUAUGUAGACAAUGCCCAGGCAGACACCCUGGGCUUCUCAGGGCUGCAAGACCUGCCACUUAAUCUCUCUGUAAAGGAUCCCUGUAAUGCCUGGGCUCCUAGGCCUGUCUUCCCCGGCCCACCACAAGGUGCAGAAUCUGCAGCUGCUCUAAAGACUGAGACAAAAGGUUCUGAAGAUAAGACAAGCCAUGUGGAGACACAGCAAGACAAGGCCCACAGCAGGACGACCCCAGAUGGACACACAGUAGACAGCAGUGAUGAACAGAAGCAAACAGCGGCUGUAGCCCUCUGUCAGCUGGCAGCCUACAGCCCAGGGAACGUCCGAGUGGGUGAUGAGGAGAGCACAGUCCAGGAAUCCACCUGUCAAGAUGUGCCCACCCUCAGUGCUACAGAGAACCAGGGGGCUCAGUGUGACCUCAAACCCAAAGGACAAAAGAGGACAAGUCAAAGGGAUGCAGGAAAAUCCCAGCAAGGAACUAAAAAGCAAAAGCUGAAUGACACUGUACCAAGAGUGCUCACUCUACGCAAAAGAACCCGGGUGUCCUGAGGCUCACACGCUCCACUGCUGUGGCUAAAAAGACGCCUUUCACACUAUGUUCUAAGCAGCAGCUUCACUUUUCUGCUUUUUGGAGGAGGUACAGUCUUGCCAUGUUGUUCAAGCUGGCAUCCAACUUGUGAUCUUACUGCCUCAGCCUAAGUGCUGGGACAACCAGUGCACCCACAGCUUACUUUCACUUUUUAUCAAGUCAAUUUUUAUAAAUACAGUUUCUCUUUUCUCCUCAAAAAAGACAAAAGGCUGUAAUCUUGUUCAGUUUUUUGUAAACAUUAAGAAUAAAUAUUAAAAGGUGUUUCUACUUCUGGUUGUAAAAACAUCUCAGUGGCUUAUGCUCUCUAAGACUGAUGAAUUAAACUAGGCUUUCCUGUCUGUGACACACCAGGAAAAUAUACAGAACUGAAAACUGGCUCAGCAGUGUGAGUCAGUGUGAGCGGUAGGAAAAAUGACCUUUUAUAUGUACUAUUUUUCAGGACUAGUAAACUUUUACUGUUUUCCUAUGAAAUAUAGUUAUGUGUUUUGAUGCCAGAAACAUCUUCAUUUGAGCAUCAAGUGUUAUAUGUAAAAAAUGUUGUGAUUAGUUUUUACUGAACUGCCCACAAGCAUUGAGAGGCUGAUUUUACAAAUAAUUUAUUUCCAUCAGGGAAAUGCAUUGCUGGUAAAUCAAUCAGUAUGAUCAAUUUAUUCUAUUUGUUUAUGAUGUCACAGCAAACUUUCUCACUUAGCCUCACGUUCAACUCCCUAAAAUGAUGUACAUAUUGUUAAUUUUCCAAUAAACUCAUGUGUGAACUUUAAGAACACAUAAAGCAAAGACCAACAUCAGGUCUGUGGUAUUCUUUAGAGUAUUCUGCCAUAACAUUCGGCAAGAAAGAGUUAUAAUGAAACUAAGAAAGUACUUCUGAGGUUGGUGAAUAAAUUAGUAGCUAGAGUCCAGGCAUGUACAAAUCUUCACCCCUGGGUCUUUUCAAAGACCAUCUAGGAGUCCUGAAUCUCAGAGUACCUAGAGGGUAAGUCUCAGGAGCCCUGGCCCCUAAAUACUAUGUGGGAAGGCUUCCACCUUUCCUGGUCCCCAAAAGCCCUUCUACUCUGGACAGAGACGACCUUAUCCUACAUGCUAGAACCAAGCUACAGGCACUGAGCACAGGAAUUCAUGGUUCCUUAUUGAGAAAUCCUUUUGCUCAUCCAGCAAUUCCCAGCUCCUAGCCAGUCCCAAUAGAGGAUGUCUAGCGAAAGCUGACCAGUGUUCUACCUUCAGGUGAUGUUAGGAAUAGAGAAACACUUUGCAACUGGUUAAAGUCAUAUAAAAUUUCAAAUACCAACAUUAAGCGGGAUGCAGAGUUUUUCACAACCGUUAUGAGAUGCAUGAGGUCAGUGCUGCAAGCCAUCUCUAAAGGUACAGCAGGUUUCCCACUCACGGAAGCAGGAAAGCUUUCUGCUUCCACCUGGUGAGGCAGCAGGAGCCCUUCCCAUCCAAGGACCUAGAUGAGGCCUUUGGGUCUAUCAAACCACCACAUACCACUAACCCAAAUGUACUCUCUUAUGAUAUAAAACCAACAAAUACAAUCAUCUUAUUUUCCAGUCUGGCUCUUUUUUUAUGUUUGGCAAAGAACGAAACAUGACCCCUCCUGCUCCCCAUCAAGUAAAGGCCUGCAGGAAAGAGGAAUGAUCCAUCAAGCACUGUUUGCUCCAUCCUCAUGACCCAAAGCCUGGCACUAACAAAGUCCUCCUGGCAGGCUUAACCCAUAUAACUCGGCCCGCCAUUCAGGCCCAGAACUCUGAAGUACUAUGAUAGCUUACCCACUGUCCAUAUCACCUUAAAUGGCAAAUAAGAACCUGGCCAGCUGCCACCCAUGCCUGGGUGAAGCAUGAGAAGCUACUCUACCAGACAUGAGGUACUCAGCCUGCAGAAAACUGGUCUGUACAUGGUACCACCAGCCUCAGCUGAGAGACCCACAAUGGAAAAAGACCACCCUCCAGGAACAGUUUGCUCCAAAGGUCACCUUCAACAGCAUAUCCAUGGCAACUAGAGUAGAUACUCUAUCUGCCUAUAAAACAAAAGGAAUCCCUACAGCUACAUAAUAAAACACUAGGAUCUUACUUGUUUCCCAAUUACUACUUCUCUACUUUCACAUAUGAUUGACUUAAGAGUAAAACUCCUCCCAAAAAACAAAACAAAACAAAAUGCUUUCAAAAAGUUAAACAGAACCACAUGACCUAGCAAUACUACUUCCAGAUACAUCAUAUACACCUUAAAGCAAGUCUCAAAGAGACAUGCUCAUCUCCUGUCCACAGCAGCCAGGAGGUGGGAUGAUGGGGAGAGCAAGCAUAGUGGAGCAUUACUCAGCCUUACAAAGAAGGACAUUCUUACACAUGCUACAGUAUGAUGAGUCUUGAGAUCAUUAUACUCUAUGAAAUGAGCCAGUCACAAAUGGAGGAGCUUUUACUCUUAAGUCAAUUAUAUGUGAAAGUAGAGAAGUAGUAAUUGGGAAACAAAUAAGAUCAUAGUGCUUUAUUAUGUAGCUGUAGGGAUUCCUUUUGUUUUAUAGGCAGAAAGUACACACUUUGUACUUACAUGAAGACCCAAGAAUGGGCAAAACCAUAGGAAUAGAAAGUUGACUGGAGUUAUGUUGGGAGGGAGACAGGUCAUGUAUUUGGAAUAAUAGAUGUUUUAGAACCAGAUGUAUGAAAUCAUUGCCCAACAAUAAGAACAUAGUUAAUGUUACUGAGCAGAAUGCUUGGAAAUGGCUACAACAACAAAUUUGUUUUAUAUAUUUUUCAACCAUAAGUUUGAAAUAAAUUAAUAAUGAAAUACACCAAAAUCCAUUCAAUUAUAUUUUAAAUGAGUAAACCGUAAGGUAGGUAAACUGUAUCUUAAUUUAUAUUUUAAAACAAAAACCCUUUCUAAACAAUCCCAACAAUGGUCCACUGUGAUUUGUCCUCUUCCCACAACACCUUCUACAGGGCAGGAAACAACAGAUACAAAACUCCCUCAAAGGAAAGCACAGGAGGGCAAUUCGCUCAGCAGCAAAGUCAAGGGUGCCAUAUUCUGGUCUUCAUUUUUUUACAAACUUGGGUAUCUGGCAGCUCAAAAUGGCACAAAUGCUAAAACUAAGUAACAGUGCAACUCUGGGACCUGGUCAACAUGGCCCUGACCGGGGAUCUGUUUGCCUGGGACCUGAAAUGCCAGGCAUCCCACAUACAUAUUAUCAGGGCCAGGGGAGAUCUCCAACCUCCCUGUCUCCCCCCAUCUCUCUCUCACAAGCAUUUCCCUAACAAAACUCUUGUACAUUUAAUCCUACAUGGCAUUUGCUACUUAAGAGAACCCAUAGAGAUGACACAACACUAUCCAAACGUUCCUUUUUGGAUGAUGUCAUGCAACACGGCAAAACAGGAGUUCUGUGCUGAAGUGCUAAGCUGGACAAAACUGAUAGGAUCAACUUUUGCAGAACUCUGGAUACUAAUCAAGCAGUUAUGACAACCAGAGGAAUGCUUAAGGAAAGAAAUUACUGAGUUUCAGCACUCACAGAUACUCUCACAUCCUGUCUAAUGCUGAGAUAUGGAACAGACUGCAGAAAACAAACACAAGACAAUCACUGGGACAGUAGACACCACAGGCCUCAAUAUAUCCUAAGAGCAAGGGCCUGUGGGGAGGAGGCUUUUUUCUGUAGGUGCCUACUAGAAUAUUCAAAAUAUUCUGUUUUCAACAAAAAUAAAAAAAUGGCAAGGCAGACAAAGGAACAGGAAAGUAUAACCCAAACACGGGGGAAAGCAUCUCUGAAGCAGCCCCGACACUGGACUUACCAAACACAGACUUUAAAAUGCUUAAGGAAACCAAAGACACGAACAAGCUCAAAAUAUCAAUAAAGAGACAAAAAUUAUAGCAACUAAACAGAAGUUCUGAAAUUGAAAAGUCCAGAGCUGAAAUGAAGGUUCUCUAGAGGGGUGUGAUGAUUGAUACUGAUUGCCAACUUGACAGAAUCUACAAUUACUUAGGAGACAAGACUCUGGGUGUGUCUAUGAGGGAGUUUCUAGAUUGAGUGAACUAAGAGAGGAAGUUAUUUUAAAUGUGGGACACAGCAUUCCAUGAGCAGGGGUCCCAGACUUUAUAAAAGGGAAAGUGAGCUAAACACCAGCAUUCACCUCUCUCUGCUUCCUGACGGCGAAUGCAAUGUAACCAGCAGCCUCACAUUCCUGCUGGCAUGCCUUCCCAGCAAAGAUGGACUAUCCUCUUAAAAGAAACACAUGAGCCAAAAUAAAUCCUUCCUUCUUUUAACUACUUCCAUCAGGCAGAAUCUGGUCACAGUGAUGAGAAACUAACACAGGGGCUCACGGUCAGAUUUGCACAAGUAAAAGGCAGAGUCAGUAAACACAGAGACAAGAAACUGAAAUCACCCAGUAGGAAGAGCAGAAAAAGAAUAAUAAUAAAGGAAAAGGAACAGAACCUAAGAGACC